AUGGCCCCAAGCGCCCACUACUACCGCAUCAAAAACGUCCCCAUCUCUUGGCCCAAAAGUACGCUCCUCACAGCCCUCAAAACGGCCUACGCAGCCUUCGACACCCUCCCCGACACCAGUCUCUCACUCUACCCCGCACCGUCCGAAGGGUCGCAGACCGCACUUCUCAAAUACAACGGCGCCCUCUCAGUUCUUGACCAAACUGGCGUCUACCGCGUCAAUGGACAGGGCUAUGCCCUAGAGAUCGAUAACCAUUUCCAGGGCCUGACACAGCUGAAUGCGGGUGGAGAGAAUGCGAGAUAUGACAUCAUUGCAGUGGGAGGUGUUGAUGGGCACGCAUAUAACACCUGGCUGGAGCCAGAGUCGGGGAAGAUGUGGUUGCGGGACUUUAUCCCGCUGAGGCCUACGCUUGCGAAUUCGCGGGUGAUGACAUAUGGGUAUGAUACGCGCCUUGUGAGCGGGAAGAGCUGGGUCGACUAUAGGAAGGAGUUCCUGCAAGAGCUAGUGAAAGCGAGAACGGGGUCGAAGGCCCAGACUCGUCCUAUUAUCUUUAUCGGGCAUAACAUUGGCGGGAUCAUGGUCGUGCAGGCACUCCUCGAGUGCCUCGCCAACAGCGCAUAUAGGCAAAUCCUAUCCUCUGUCAAGAACAUCGUCUUCCUAGGCACACCCCACCAGGGGAUGCAAAUAGAAGCCCUGAUAACAUCAACCCAAAAGUCCACCCUAACAGCAGCGCAAAAGACAACCCGUACAGCAAUGCUACAGCAGCUGGCGAUCGGGUCGCCAUUCCUAAAGAAGAUGGCAGUAGACGCUACGAAUAUUCUAAAGUCGAUAGCAGUGGGCAUCGGAUAUGAGACGCGGGGUGUGCUCAAAAACGGGUGGGAGGUGUACAUGGUUGAUCGGUCCUCGGCCAUGGUGCAUAACCAGGGCUGGAUCGUGGGGUUCGUGGCGAAGAAUAAUGAGGACCUGGUGAAGUUUUCGUAUUGGACGGAGCCAGAUCUUGCUACUAUUAUGGACUUUAUGGAAUUGUAA